CGGUUUAUAAUAUAGGGACUAACUUUGAGGCUAGCCCAAAUAAAAUCACAAAACCUUCUCUUCUUUUAAUUUUCUCAUAUUUUUUUCUCUGCAAAAAGUGAGAGAAAAAAGAAAGACCCUUCACGUUAUUCAAAGCCGCGUUUCACUUCCCUUCAAGUAGGUCAGAGCUCUUUGCGCGUGUCCCGUUCUCUUCUCCAGUCCUCCACAGAUAUUUAUCUAAUUUUAAAGUAAAUUUUUCUUGCUUCUUCAAGUUUAUAUUUGUAUAUCGAAAUGGAGGUCAAGCUAUGGAAUGACAAGCGCGAGAGAGAAAUGUAUGAGAAUUUUGCCGAGCUAUAUGCAAUAAUAAAAGCCACGGAGAAGCUUGAAAAGGCAUAUGUUCGUGACAUUAUAUCCUCAUCUGAGUAUGAAAUGGAGUGCCAGAAACUCAUUGCCCAUUUCAAAACUUUGGCUUCCUCUCUGAAAGACACAGUCCCUAGCAUCGAGCGCUUUGCAGAUACAUACAAGAUGGACUGCCCAGCUGCCAUCAACCGGCUUGUGACCUCCGGGGUGCCUGCCACAGUGGAACACCGUGCUGCUGCUGCUGUGUCGUCUACUACCUCAGCUUCCAUUGUGGCUGAGUGUGUCCAGAACUUCAUCACAGCUAUGGAUUCGCUGAAGUUGAAUAUGGUGGCUGUGGACCAGGUGCAUCCUUUGCUUUCAGACCUCUCAGCCUCACUGAACAAGCUGAGUAUUUUGCCACCUGACUUUGAGGGGAAGACAAAGAUGAAAGAAUGGAUUUUGAGGCUGUCUAAGAUGGGGGCUGCAGAUGAACUGACAGAGCAGCAGGCCCGGCAACUUCAUUUUGAUCUGGAGUCCUCAUACAAUUCAUUUAUGGCAGCUUUGCCUAGUGCUGGUACUUGAUUGAUAUGAGUACUUGUAUAUUACUAAGCAAGUUCAUUGGAUUUGGGUUGUGCAAUAUAUAUUUCUUAUUUGCUGCCGCUACGUAGUUGAACCUUGGGUGAAGAUGAAUCAGAGAAGUUUCUUAUUUUGUAACUGCUUAUACUUUUGGGAAGGGUUGCAUCGAGGGCAGGAGAAUGGUAUUUUGAGCCCCAUUUUAAGAGAGAGUAUUUCUUGUCAUAUAUGAAAAAUUGGUUUGUACUUGAAUUUGUGUUCAUAAAUUGUACUCUAAUCUUCUAACUAGAUUAGAGUUAUCAA